GAGAAAAAAAAACAACAUACCGUGAGGAAGAUGGCGGACGUAUACGCGGAUGUGCAGAAGAGCUCUUUAAAACUGAAGGGAAUUGGAGAACUUUCCUCUGGGAAAAAGAAAAAGAAGAAGUCCAAGGAGAGCAAGAAGCAUCUGGAGCAGAUCCUGACCACACAGACUAAAGAAGACGAGGCGAAAAGGGUGUACCUCGAUAAAAGGACUCCGGCACAGGUGGCGUUCGAUAAGACGCAGGAAAAGAGGCAAAUGGAAAGAAUAUUAAACAAGGCAUCGAAGACUCACAAGCAGAGAGUUGAGGAUUUUAACCGGCAUUUGGACACCCUAACGGAACAUUAUGACAUCCCCAAAGUCAGCUGGACCAAAUAAACAAGAGCCCUCUGCCCCUCCUGGUGCUUUGGACGUGAACCUCUUUAAUUUGGGGGCACUAAAAGAUGUGUCCCAUCGUUAAACUUCAUGACUGGACAUUGAAAAAGGAUUUUAGGAAAUCCUUACUUGAAGGUUGAGAUAUGAAUAGUAUUGGUAGUUUCCUUAAUCCCAUGUGUUUAAGUUCAUUGUUAUUUUUAUUAAAAUGUUUUCCUGACUUUGGCAUCAUUUAAAUCAUGGUUUGGAGAGAAAAAAGGAGAAGAGGAUAUUCUGUACAAUUCAUCAAUAAAUAUGCAGUUUCUCCCUGUAAUGACAUGCUUGCCAUCGUGUGUAUGAUAACUAUUUGGGUUUUACCAUUAAUGCCAUUGUGUGUUUUCUUUUCAUUAAUGUUUAAUGUUUUUUUUAUACUUAUUAAAGAUCAAAGCUCAUUCAUUA